AUGCGAUCAAAUAUCGUCUUUCAAAGUCCCCCUCGCGGUGACGUCACUCACCCAUGGCCCCGCCCUAGCUACGAGUGUCGGGGUCGGGUCGCCAUCUUGGCCAAUCAGCGAGGGCGAUUCCCCGGAAGUGAAACCGUGUCCUGGAGCCCGGCGGCGCCGCGCGUUACCACGGCAACGGCCGGCGGGAUGGCGUCCGAGGAGCGGGAGUGGGGCAGGCGGGCGGCCCGGCUGCGGGCCGAGCUGGAGCGGGAGCGGCGGCUGGAUGAGACGCUGCGGGCGGCAGAAGAGAACAGAAAGCAGAGAGCGCUGCAGCUGGAGCGAGAGCAAAAGCUGGCGGCUGAGCUGGCGAGACAGGACCUGGAGAAAAUGAAAGAUGAGAAGAUCAGGCAACAAGUCAGAGCAAACAGUCUUGAACUUCGAGAGUUAGAAAGAAAGCUGAAAUCUGCUUAUAUGAAUAAAGAACGAGCUGCACAGAUUGCUGAAAAAAAAGCUAUAUACAAUGAGAACAUGAAAUGGGAGGAUGAAGUAGCCCAGGAGAUGAAGGAGGAGUAUGACAAGUAUCUGAAAGAAGAAAUGUCUGCAGAACUGAGGAGACACCAGGAGAAGAAAACAUACCAUCAAGAACUGGACAAACAGGUUGAGGAACAGGAGAAGAAGAAGCAAGAGGCUUAUGAAGAGUUUCUAAGAGAGAAACACAUGAUUGAUGAAAUUGUAAAAAAGAUCUAUGAAGAAGACCAAAUGGAAAAACAACGGAAGUUAGAUAAAAUAAGAGAAACUCAGACAUAUAUUGAAGAGUUUAUAAAAGAACAAGCUAUCUGGAGGAAAAGGAAACAAGAAGAGAUGGAAGAAGAAAAUAGGAAAAUUAUGGAGUUUGCCAACAUGCAACGACAAAGAGAAGAUGGUUGGAUGGCUAAAGUUCGAGACACUGAGGAGAAAAAACAGAGAGUUCAAGACAUGGUUGCCAAGACCAUGGAAAGAGAAGAACAGAGGCGUAAAGAACAGGAACAAAUCCUCCAAGAUCUGUAUCUGGAAGAACAAGAAGCGAUGGAAAGGAAUAAGGAGAUGGCAGAAAUUGAAAAGAGAAUAAGGCAGCGCCUAGACUUAAGGCAAGCGUAUGAAAAGCAGUUUGCUCUAAAGGCAGCAGCACAAGAAGCUAUGAGAGAAGAGGACAGAGCUCUCCGGCAGCGGAUUUUGGCCAAGCUGGCCGAGGAUGAUCGCAUUGAGCAGCUGAACGCGCAGAAACGGAGAAUGAAACAGCUUGAACACAAAAUGGCCAUGGAAAAAAUUCUUGAGGACCGUCGCAAACAGUGUAUCGCAGAAAAAGAGCGUGAACUUGAAGAAAGAGAGCUAGAAAAGAGAAGACAAGAACGUAUCCGUGCAAUUAUUGAAGAGGAGAGACAGAAACUCUUGAAAGAGCAUGCAUGGAAAUUGCUGGGUUAUCUUCCUCGAGGAAUACUCAAAGACGAAAACGACAUUAACAUGCUUGGAGAAGAUUUCAGGCUGGCUUACCAGCAGAGAAGAGGUAAUGAACUUUCAGAAGAGAGCUGAACCCCAGCUCAGCUCCUGCUUUGCCACUAGGUGUCACCAGAUUCCCAGUGAAAACUUCCAUUUGCUUUAAACAGUGAGGAAUUCCUUUUUAAUAUCAUUAACAGCCUUCAUUUUAAAACCAAAAUUCUAAACGGAUAAGCAGUUAGUUUUAUAGAAGUGUGUGCUCCACUUUCAUUUUUCACCAAUAAACUGUUUUGGAGUUCUCAAUUAUUCUCAGUCAUGUAGUAAUGUUAGAAAUGUUUUCUUCAGCAAUGCAGCAGAAACCUAACCUAGCAUGUGUAUUCCAGUCUGGACUGAAGGAUUCUCCUAAUGCACUAGUUCUGGGAAGAUGUGUCUGCACUGGCACUACACUACUACAAUCCUCAUUCAUUCAAAUGUAGUGUGUCUCAUCUCCACGAGGCAGAUCUGAGGUACUUCACUGGUGGGAUCUAAGCAGAUAUGUUGUGUCAUUCUGAGGUCAGAACUACUCUUUAUACCUUUCUUUCAGUGCAUAAACUGACUGUUUUUGUCCCAUGUUCUUACUCACUUACUCUGAGGGAUGAAUCCAUUGAAAUAGCUGAGGUGUGGCAGAGGUUCAAGGAAGCAACACAGGUUUGUUUUGCUCCUGUUCAUUAAUGUACACAACAUAGGCUCAGCUCAUCUACCCUGAAUCUGUUUUCUAGUUAUUGAUUACAAUGAUGAGUAAUGAAAUUUUUAUGGAUGUGAUGCUUGUAGAGCAUUUGUGAAUAAGGAGUCUUUGCUCCUGUCUGUAUCCCAAAGAAGCAGCUGAUGGCCAGGGAAAGGUUUAAUACUUUCACCUUGACUGAAGGAACAGUUUUCCACAAUACAGCUCCAUGGGACUGUGGAGUCUGUCUGGGUGAUGAGGGGCAAGUCUCAUGCAUGGUAUGCCAGCCAGGGGCGCUCAGAUGUAAUCACUAAAACAAGUUAUGGUCAUUUCUAUAAAAGAGCUGUUGGUGCUUAAAUUAGAUGCCAGACCAGCUAGCUUUGAGGGGAGAUCUGUUACAGAAAACAGACAAGGCCAAUUUUCCAACCACGUGUUUUAAAAAGGACAUGACAUUUUCUUCUCAAGUGGAUUACUGGUUAGUUUAUUUCUGUUGCAAUGAGGAAUUUUCUGAGACUAAAUCCUGACUUCCAUUGGACUGAAUAUGACCAUAGGUAAGGUACAGUUUUAAAUACUAGAACAGAGCAAACUGAUAACAAAGUUCACUUGUUGGAAUAUUCCUUGCAUGGUCUGUGCUCCUCUGCUCCUUACAGAACGGGCAGUUUGGCCUGACAAUGAAGUAGAAAUUUGUGUUUCAUACAACAUUACAACACAAGCUAUCAGGCUUACAAAAGUUUAACUAUUUAAACAUAAGUAAAAUCAACAAAAUCAAUUCAGUGGGAUAUACAGUUAUUAACAAGGACUCAUAUACAGUCUCAAAAUAAUGUACCAUCUGACUCAUCUUUCAGAAGCUAUUUAAUGGGAUCAAUAAUUUCCCCACUCAAGAGCUUUCAUGAAUUCCUCUUCGGUAAAAGAAAGCAUCUUGGCAGCUUCAAUGUGCAUCUGAAAAAAAAAAAAAGUGAGCAGAAGGUAAAAUAGUAUGAAUGACCAAUACAAAAUCCUGGCUAACUGGGAUAUUUUAUGGAUUUUAAUAAAGCACAGAAAUUCCUGAAAAUCUGACAAGUGUUGUGACUUCUGAAGAACACAUGUAAGAAAACUGGUCCACGUUCUUUCAAGCUGAUCAAUAUUCAAUUUAACAUUAAAGCUAUUACAAAGCAAA